UAUUAACUUCCUGUCUUGCAAUACUUAGCAACCAGCUCAACUCGUUCUAAUUUGCAGCAGCAGACGAACUCACCUUGUUGAUCUUCUCCCACCCAACGUGUCUAUAAGAUAUCAUGCGCACCUUGCCAAUUUUCACCAUUGGGGCCCUAGCCCCCCUAGUGACUUCUGCGUCCGAUUGUACCCGCGAGUUCCUCCAGGAUAGCGCGGACAGCCUGGUGGCCGCGCAGACUGCGGGAGAUCCCAGCCUGCUUCAGCCUGUCUCGGACGCACUCGACUAUAACGAGAAUUAUGCUACGGCAACUUUUGAGUCUGGAAUCUUGUCCAAGCCGCUCGAGAUAGACUUUAGCCGGCACUACCUCGACACGACGCAGUGCGCCACCUUCACGGAGCUGAUCUCGGCCACAGGCAGCAAGCCGUACGUGAUCGGCGUGCAAAUGUACUUCACAGACAAUUCCGUUUCCAAGAUCGACACCCUCAUUACCACCACCGGCGACUGGCUGUUCAACGCCACGGGCACGCUCUACUGGGCUAGCCAGGAAGACUGGGGCACCAUCCCGGAGGAGGAGCGUGACUCUCGUGAGGUCAUCCAGGCUGCUGCCGACGCCUACUGCGAUAUCUUCAGCGACAAGAGCGUCCAAGUGCCGUGGGGAUAUCCCUGUGCCAGACUUGAAGGCGGCGCGUACACAGGCAAUGGCGGUCCCGACGACAGGUGUGACGUCGGCAUCCCCAGCGGCGUGAACCUGACUAACCGACGAUAUGUCAUUGACGAGACAAUUGGCGCCGUCUCUGUCUUCCUGAGCUUCAACGCCAUACCGGAUUCUCAUGCUUUUAGAGUAGAAAAGGGCAAGCUGCGGUUUGUGCAUACCAUGACAGUCAUGACCGCGAGUAGGAACGGCAGGAGCACGACCAGGAGGAGGUUGAGGGGAGUCAUGGCUCCGUCGGCGCAGUGAGGAGCGUAGCGGCUCGGAGAGGGGGAGAACCGCUAAUUUACAAUGGCACAGGGAUUCGGACUCGGCAUUGCAGGCUACAAGCUGCAACUUACAAAUAGGCAACGGCAAUGUUUCUAGCUGUAUGAAAACGGACAAAUGAAACAAGUGAGCAUUUAACACUUUUUGCACACUCGGCUUAACAUACGGAUUGGCCUUAUAUCAAAAAUUCAACGUAUUAGUACGGCCCC